GUCCGUGAUAAUGAUUCCGACAGUGUCACUCAAUUUUGACAACUACUCGAAAAAAUAUUUCCAAAUUCUUCGUGAACUCGAAAUAUGCCCAAAUCUAUUUUGAAAGGCAAUCGAGGUAGCAAUAUUCCUGACGACUUCAGAAAAAUCAAUGCAGAAGAUAUUUUAAAGAAACCAACACUAAAAAAGAAAGGAAAGAAAAAUGCUCAGAUGAGACCUAUAACUGCACCGAACCAGCUUUCUCAUACUAUUUCACACUUAGCAGAACCAAAAAGAAGGUACAGCGAAAACUGCGAUGACAGUCAUUGGGCUAUCAAAAAAUCUACCUUGAAUUACAAAGCAACAAGAAGAAUAAAAAAUUUGGCACAACCGAAAUCAAUUUCUCCAAAGAUUAAAGAUACGUCGAGUUCGUUCAUUUCGCCAAAAUCUUCAGUGACUCCAAGUGCUUUAAAGUACAAACCAUCUCGGAGAAUUAUGGAUUUGGCCAAACCAAAAGACUGGAUUUACUAUGAGCAUUAUGAUUAAGCGCCAUGAACUUAACAUGGUUUGGAAAUGAAUUGAACAAAUGUACGGAGGAUUAUUAAACAACAUUUUUCAUAGUGUGCAAUGCA